AUGGUGCCUCCCAAGACAGCCGACUUUUCGGAGCAGUACGUUGCCGAUAUCCGCGAAUUGCCGUAUGUUGAACGUCAAGCUCUGAAAGCUGGGCCGAAGGUCAAAAUCUUCGAUGACAACACUUUCAUUAUGGAGCUGCCGCGCGCCCUCUUCUUAGCCGCCACUACCGAGCCGCGCCUGAUCACAUCGUCCGGCGAGAUCCAUCUUCCUCCCGACACCGGUGUUGACGGUAUCAUCUCUGUCGGAUGCUGGCUACUUGCCGUUGUCGAUUCGGAAGAGACGUUCCACCUCCGGCCGAAGAAAGACAUGGCUGACGAUCUCCGCAUCUGCCGCGCUGGUCGUCUUCUCGGCAUGGAAAAGUACAUCGACCACAUCCAUAGGCACUACUGGUGGAAAUUCUACAACAAGCCCUUCAGCGCCGCCGAUGUCGAUCUCGUCGUGGGCCUUGCCAUGGACCCGAAAGACCCGUUCUUGCGCCUCGUCUCCGAGCGUCUCGCCGCCUACCUCCGUGAUGGCCAGAUCAUGAACCCCGAUGCCCUGCGUGCCUAUAUCAAGCAGAACCCGAUGCUCGACAACACAGUCCGACAGGCCAACAAGGAGUUCAAGAAGAAGAAGCUGAAGGAGAAGGACAAGGCUGAGCGUGCUGCGGCCCGCGCCGAGCGCGAGGCGCUCCUCAUCGCACAGCGCAAGGAGGAGGAGGCUCGCCGUGAGGAAGAGGACCGCCAAAAGAAGCAGGAGCAGGCUCGAAAGGCGGCGGAGCAAGCCAAGCUCAAAGCCGAGAUUGAAGCCCGCCGUAAGAAGCUGGAGGACGAGUAUCGAGAGAAAAAGCAGAAGGAGCAGGCGCUGUGGGCGGAGCGCAAUAAGAAGGACGCCGAGCUGAACCGGUCACUUCAGGACAAGAUCCGCUCUGGGAAGAAGACGGUUACGCGGGAGGAGGCGCGGUACUUUGAGCGCACCCGGGGGAAGCGCUGCCCUUACAAUGUGGUGUAAAGGGGACUCUUCUCUUGAUAUAUUUCAGACCAGGCAAUUUUCGGAGUAUAGCGAAUGGGCUUUUGAUGCGAUAUGGGGAGGUCUGGCGCCAGAUACGCUAGGACCGUGACUGUUCUUUCAGUUCAGCGCGUGGAAUUUGUGGCUACAUGAGCCAUCUUAUAGGCGUCUGGUCUGGAUUGUGUUACUGGAGUCUCGCGGGAGAGCCCAUAUGCGACUCAUCAUAGCGC